AACUAGGUAAUCCAUAGGAAAAUUAAAGAGUAAAAAUUAUUGGUUAAUAUGUCACAAAUAAGCAACAUUAAUCAAAUAUAUCAACCUUAUCUUACCAAAUUUGAGUUCAAGAAAGUAUUCAAUUUCUUAUUUGAUUGGUGCCUUCAAGUCUGGUAGAUGAAGUGUCUUGUUCCCAUUAAAGCCCAGAAUGAGAAAUGAUUUCAAUAAGACCAAGAAGUUUUCUAUGGAAGUGGGGCACACUACAAUUGUGACAUUGAAAAAACAAAGAUAUUUAUUACUUUUGGAUGUUAUUUAUUAAUGCAACAUAAGCCGGAGGGUUUUCCUUCACACGUCACCCACACAAAAGAAAAAUCAAGGAAAAGUACAGAAGCACAUCCCACAGAAUAUCAUAGUUUUUCUCCAAAUGUAUUGUGAUGAUGGAACAGUGGCCCCUGUUAGUUGGCAAAUAUUAUAAAUAUUGAAUGAUGGCUGGGUGCUCUUUCCCUAUCACCACACAUUAUCCCAACCCUCCAUUGAGUGUUUGUAAGUGUUAUUGUUCAUUGCAAAAACACACACAGAAAAGAGAGAAUGUGGAGUUUAGGUGUGACAGCAAUAAUGGUGGCAGUAGAGUUUUUUGAGGUGGGCUUAACAACAUUAAGCAAAGCAGCCAUGAGAAAAGGGAUGAGUAACUUUGUUUUCAUUGUGUACUCUAACGCCCUCGCUAUCUUGUUCCUUCUUUCAUCAUCUCUCAUCUUUUACAGAAAAAGAACUUGUCCUCGACUUACAUUCUCCAUCUUUUGUAGAAUGUUCCUCCUUGGUGUGCUCAGUUGCUGUGUGCAGUCGUUUAUGUAUUUUGGGAUAGGGUACAGCUCUCCCACUUUAGCCUCAGCCAUGACUGAUCUAACUCCAGCAUUUACUUUCAUUCUUGCCAUCUUAUCCCGAAUGGAAAAGCUAGACUUUAGACUCAGAAGCAGCCUGGCCAAGUCUAUUGGUACCAUGGUCUCAAUUGCAGGGGCAUUAAUGGUGACAUUGUACAAAGGACCGCCAAUCACAUUUGCUGCAUCACCGCAUAAUUUACAUCAUGAGCUUCAUGCAUCAGUGCAAUCUGACUGGCUCAUUGGAGGCCUUCUCCUAGUAGCUGCAUGCUUUUGUUUUGCACUUUUGUUAAUUGUUCAGACCUGGAUCAUGAAGGACUACCCCGCAGUGCUGAUGCAAACACUCAUUUGUUGCAUUAUUGUGACCAUCCAAAUUGCCUCUGUCUCUUUGGUUGCGGAGAAAGACCCGAAUGCUUGGCGACUAAGGCCUGAUAUUGAGUUGAUAGCUAUAGGGUACUCGGCACUCUUUGGGAUAGCAAUUCGAAGUGUUGUUCACACAUGGGCAUGUAACAAGAAGGGGCCUGUUUAUGUCUCAUUGUUUAAGCCCCUUGGAAUUGUCAUUGCACUUGUCAUGGGGGUUGCUUUUCUCGGGGAUACUCUUUAUCUUGGAAGUGUGGUUGGAGCGGCUGUAAUAGCUACUGGGUUUUAUUCUGUGAUUUGGGGUAAAGCCCAAGAAGAGAAAAGCGUGGAGGAUACAGGAAUUUCUGACCUUGGGUCAUUCGCUUCUAAAGUCCCACUUCUUCAGAACAAAAGCAUGAGAAUUUAGAAGAUAUGCAACCAAAAAAAAGUGAUUGGGAAAGUACUGUGAAGUCAUUAUUUGACAAGCCAUGUCAAUUUUGAGAUCAAUUGUUUAAAUUAAAGUGGAAGGAGGAUAUCAUGCAUGA